AUAGGGGUUCGAACAGAGCUGGCUUAGGCAAGGGGGUGAAGGAUGCUGGUGGAUGAGACUGGAGGAGAGGAAAGGCGCCGUAAGGGGUGCUCGGAAUCACGGUAGUGGUGUGUACACCCUGUGUAUAUAGUCUGGCCGGAGUGGAAGAAGGGUGCGCCCUACUUCGCGUCGGCGUUUUCCCUCCUGGCAGUGUGCAACGACGUAUCGAAAGAAGGACAGAGAAAGCGAGCACAGGCUGUCUCUCCGGUUCGGUGCCGGGCUUUUCAUAGUCUCAUUUCACGACGAGCGUCCGUGCCAUCGGUUCGAGUGUUUUGCGCGUUCGACGAAUAUCGGGAGUGAGAGAAAAAAGAACAAAGAGGGGAAGGAAGGAAAGAGGUAGCGAGAAUCGGUUGAGAAAACAGAACGGGGAACGCGAACCAGCGAAGAUCGCCUGGCACGGACAACGCCUCGGGCACGGAGCAACGCGAGAACGAGAUAGGACUUCGGUUUGUAUCGCGAAUAUAUUUGGUGAUUCGCGUUAGUACGCGUCGUCCAAGGUGGUGGUGCAGAGUACCGUCCGUCGACGGGGGUGUUGUUGCCGUUAUUGGUUCUCAUCGAUGGUGAAUCGUGGAGUUGGUUUUCGUCAGUUUCACAGCAAGUGCACGUUGAUCGACGCGUUUACGUAAGAACGACGGACGCUCGUGGUGUAUGCUUACUCGUACGUGCUCGUAUGUAUCUCAAUGUGCGCGCGCGCGUGUGACAAGUACCGACAAAUACGGGAAGACGAGUCAGGGAAAGAGACGGCGGAGGUUUUCGUCGAUUCGUGAGUUUGCCGAAAAUACCAAUUCGGUCAGCUUCGAUCAUCGUGUAUCCUUCGAAGAUCAACGGAGAAGUAUUCGUCAUCGUACGUCGAGCGGUCGCCGAGUCGACGAAUCAGAAGAAUUCACGAAUGGACGAGCCGAGACCGUUUAAUCCCGACCCUCUCGUUUGCAUAAUUAGCCGUGCUGCACUGCAACAGCUACACGGAGAGAAGGGUUCGCGUAAACUUUGUUAUAAAGGCUGAGGUGGCGGUCGUAUUAUUCGACGAUACGAGGAGGAGGAACUGAACGUGUCGUUAGAAGGAGACGAGAGAAGGUGAGAACAACGAUCGAAGGUGUCUCGCCACCGAAGCCUACUCGAAGAAGGAAAUGGAAAAAAUGGGCGUAAGCUUGUUGACAGAGUAUUUUCUCGGGAGAGCGAAAACAUUCCUCGCUUAUUGAUGCGCCUAGCGAGGCUAGCGUCCUCGAGCAAAAUAGUCGGGGCGGAUAGCGUUUAUCGUAACCAGGACCAGCAUUCGACAAUAAUAAACGUGUUCGCCAUGGAAAUCUCGGUGUUCUUGUUUUACGUGACGACGUUGCUGGGCAUUGUGACUAGCGACAAGUGCGCUGUCGAGUGUUCUUGUAAGUGGAAGAGCGGGAAGCGCACGGUCGAGUGUGUAAAUCGUGCCCUGACUAGCAUACCGGAGUGGAUCGAUCCGGAAACGCAAGUGUUGGAUACAAGCGGUAACGACAUUCGGACCCUGCCGAGUAACAUCUUCAAACGUGUACGUUUGACGAAUCUACAGCGUCUCUACCUACGCGAGUGCCGUAUCGACCGAAUCGAUAGCGAGGCACUGGCUGGCCUUACGAAUCUGGUAGAGCUCGAUCUAAGCCACAACCUCUUAACGGUGGUCCCUACUGCAAGUUUCUUGGAUACACCGUUCCUCAGGGAUCUCGUACUGUCCAACAAUCUUCUCAAGAGGAUUCACUCGCACGCGUUCAAGAGUACACCGAACCUGGUCAAGUUGGAUCUGUCUCACACGCAACUGGUUGAGAUCGAGGCGAAAGGAUUCCGAGGCUUGGAACUGUUGGAAAGUUUAAAGUUAAACAAUAAUCAGUUAUCGACCCUUCAUCCUGGCACGUUCGAACCGUUGAACAAACUCACGAGCAUAGAACUUCACGAUAACCCCUGGAUCUGUGAUUGCCAUUUACGCGAGAUGAAAAUGUGGCUCGUAAAGCACAAUUUGCCGACCCUUCAAGCACCCCUUUGUCACGGUCCGAAACAAUUAUUGAAUCGUACCUUCACCGAUUUGAGUAUCGACGAUUUUGCCUGUCGACCGAUUCUCCUGAUAGCUAGUCGCUACGCCGAGGCAACGAUAGGCGAAAAUGCCAGUAUUGUGUGUCGAGUUAGCGCGAUACCACCGGCCAAGGUGAAAUGGUAUUGGAACGGACGUUUGCUGACCAACCAUUCGGCAUUCAGUGGGUAUCAAAAGAUUUUGAUCUUUGAGGAGGGUCAGUUUCGGAAAAGAAGUACGCUAGUGCUGACGAACGCUCAGGAAGCGGACUCUAGCGAGUUCUACUGCGUGGCAGAAAAUCGUGCUGGUAGCGUCGAGGCGAAUUUCACUCUUCACGUAUCCCUGAGAACCGCUGGCAUGUCUACUCUCGGUUCCGGCCAAAUCGCCGGUAUAUCCGCCGCUCUAGUCGUGCUCAUUCUCUUUAUACUCCUUAUAAUUCUCGUGUUGUUCAUUCGUUUACGAAGAAUGCCGUUGAAAGACGUGAAGUCGUCGGUUCCUGCGGAAGGGGUGUCCGCCGAUAGUACAGGUGGUAACAACGAGAAUCCAUCAUCGGCAACGUCGACUACUCGCAGAAAACACGAAGAAAUCGAAACGACGUCGUUCGGUGUGGAAUCGAAGCCACCGGUGUCCUUAAACCUGAGCUACGUUCAAAGACCUCAAGCAGCGGCCUUGCAGACAGAGAACGAGUACGGUUCGAUCGGUCGUUUCGAUGAUCAGAGCCAACAGCCCUCGGUGAUGGUUGCACCGGGUGCUUGUUUCUCUUCCACUACGUCGCUGAUGCCGAUUGACAAUCCUGAUCUUAUCAGGGAUACGCGACGUGGUUCGGCGGAAGACAUCACUCCUUACGGCGGAGCGGACUAUAGUCGUAUGGAAGUGGUGGACGACGCGAAGAUCCUUUACACGAGUUGUAUGUGGGAGGCGAGGGAUACGUGCAGAACAACGGUUCCGAUGAGCACGUACCCUUCGAAGGAAGCCCUAGCCGUAGUGGCACCUAUGGUCGAGCAAUUUCCGCCAGGGGCGAAGCAAAUAAGAGUAUGGCAGAAGGGAGUUCCGGUUUUGCCACCGGUGUCUGCGUUGAAGCGUGUCCUUGGCUCGACGCGUAGCUCCCCCGACGAGGGUUAUCAAGAAGGGACUGGAACCGAUGUCUAGGUACCGCUGCUUCAUUACUGUGACGCCCGGCACCGUUACCUGGAGCUUCGUAGACGCCACCAGGACGACACCGACUGCUGAGAGACGUCCUGUCCAGUGCCGGACGAGCGGUAGUGAAAAAGAAAAAAAAUUCUCGAUUUAAUUUAAAUAUCGAACUCCGUCGCGGAUAUUAACGUGAUGGACUAGGACGUCGACCUGUCACGUGGAUUGCGUAUACAUAAAACGUAUAAUAUAUACAUACCACAUGUUACAAACUCGUACAUACGUAUAUAUAGACAGAGAGAGUGAUCGAUGAAAUGGUCGAGAUGUAUUCCGUAUGUGGAUAUACAUACGUAUAGAAGGGUGGCAGACACCGAGAAUGGGAAGUCGUUCGGCCGACUCGGUGGAAACGAACGUCCACUUGUCGCGAGAUUUACGUACAGUGGUCGAUGAAAUAGUUGAAAGUGCCGUCGUGACUAAUGCACGGAACACAUAAAACGAAGAAUCUGUCGAGGACUCGAUCGAUAAAUUCCGCCAUCUGCCAGUUCUCAAAGAAUAACGCCGGCUUUCUAACUUCCAAGAACUUUUCAUUUCGAAGGUUUUCGCAUCCGUUGUGUGUAUCCAACGUGUAGCACGAUAGGAAGAAUAUCCUACUCGACGUUCUAAAUGAAUGGAACGGUCAACGCGAUCUGGUAAGAACGACGACGUCGUUUCGGUGGUCUUGCAGUACAAUGUUGACGGCUAAUACUUUCUAUAUGAACGAUUAAGGGAUAUUCCAAGAAAGAACAAAAACAAAAAAAAAAAAAGAAAAGAAAAAAGAAGCGAAAGAGAGAUCACGAAAAAUGGAAUAUAGUAACAUGACGUUUAAAGAUACGGUUUAAAUAUACCGUUUCUUAAGAUAAUGUUUACGAGAAGACUGCAGUGCAUGUUCCGAAGGAUGUGUAGAUAGAGACAGAUACGCGAGAGAAUAAUUUCUAUUUACCGUGUGUGUUGGCUACCGUGUAUACUACACACGUGAAUUUUCUAGUCAAUUUCGAAGGUGUAAUUAGACGAUGUUAGAUGAUUUGAAUAUGGUGUGAGCACGACGACAAUACGAGAUCGAGAAUACGGCCGACGUGCGAUUACGCAUCGCGGUAACGAUGCUCGAAAAUUUCAUCCCAUUUUCCGUCGCGCGUAUAACGAUUCGUCGAUCAGAUAGUUUUUUCAUUUAUUAUUAUCAUCAUCAACGGUACGUACGAAUUAUGAAUACGUUAUAAUUUCGAUAGUCGGAGUAAGAUCGAGUAUCGAAUCGAUUCGGAAUAACUAACGGAAACGCGACAUACGAGGGAAGCGAUAUUGUCACAUCGGAUAGUUAUUGACGUUCGUGUUCGAGGACGAAAAUUCACGGAAACGGUAGAGCGUGAAAUAUGACGUCGGGUACACCUCUGGAUCCGUCGUUGCAAUUCUCCUGACGAUAAAUUGAUUUACUUUGCCGUGCGUUAGGAACCAUUCAAAAUGUAUUCGUGUAACGACACACUGUCUCUUUCGAUAUCGAUUCAUCGAGAAAUUUCACAGACCUUAAAAGCGUUAGUAUACCUACGUCAAUGGUAAUAUCAUGUGCGUAUAUAUCAAUAUCGAUACGUCGGUAUCGAUACAUCGAAUAAUUGCUGACAUCGCGAAUGAUAACAAUUGCGAACGUCGCGAUACCUCUAUCGAACGAGAUAUCUAAUCAACGAUUGAAUUCGGUGAACAAAGAAAAAGCAAAGUGAGAAAAAAAAGCUCGCAAUUCCCAGAAUGUAUCCGUCGUCGUUCGAUCUCUGUCUGUUUUUUUGUAUUACCCGGAGCCAAUAGAAUCAAUUACAUAAGACUGUAUAGUAAGCACAAGAAGCCCGUAAGCCAAUUGCAAGCGAAUAUAAACUAUUGCUCAAACACUGAAACGAGGGGCUUGCGAUUGGUUGACCGGCUCAUGCCUCGCGUUAGUGUCUUACGUAAGUGAGUCUGUGUGUGUUGAUCUAGACACUUUGGCGGUAAGCGGUAAGCCGAAACGCCAAUUGCGAAUAUCGGUCAGUUAUCAACCUGUGUCUGUGUUUGUGUCCUGUGUGUUCCGUGUGUGUGUGUGUGUGCGUAUUUGCCCGACUAUGGUUCGUACGUGUCUUGAGAGCAGUGUGCCUGAAUAUACGUAUUUAAACGUAUGUGAUAAUAUGAUCCAGACUAUGUCUACAUGCGGACGUGUGAAUGUAUGAGUGCACUAGUGUAUAUGUGUGCUCGCGCGCGGCAUCGAGAGAUCGAGGGUGAGAUAGUGCAUGCGGUGCAGUGCUUGCAAUUUCUACCGAUUGGUUUAUCGCCUAUCGUUCAAGCCGGCUGCUUUUCUCUGCUCAAUGAUUCUGGAACCGAUCGACGUAUCCGUGAUGAGGUAACAAAAAAAAAAAAAAAAAGAAAAUAAAAUACGAAAACGACGGAAAAAAUGGAAAUAAAAAUGCCAUGCCAAAUACACUGACUGGUUCUAUUGAAUCGUAUAUUUUACGCGGAUCGAUAAUACGUGGUACAGGCUGGAGAACACGACAGGACACGUUUCUAGUGGUCAUUUUAUUCGUCGACGAACGAGUCCACGGGUUUAUUGGUUGUUUCCCGGCCGGUAUCUUGGCCAAAUCACGGUAAUCGCAGUGAAAACACGUGACAACCGGAGCACGAGAACGCGUUCAAUGGAUUUUACUGGAACGAUCUUUAUUUCUCUCUCUCGAUCGAAUCAAACUUUAUUCGUUGCAAUUCGUAACGAACGUUUACGCGUAACGCGCGUGGAUCGUGUUCGAAUGGAAUUUAAAAUUAGGCAAACUAGGAAACUAUGGAGUUUAUGUUAUGUAUCUGUCCAUAACACGAAAUUUACUGUCAUGAGAAAUAGACACGAAUGAUUUGCCGCCUUUUUCCUCGAAAAUACACGGUUAGCAUCACGUCCAGAAUAAUUUACGCGUAUCAUUGUUUAAAGUGAGCUAUAAAUGAUGUGCAUAUGUUUAACGUGAACUGCCCUUUGUCCUUUCAUGUAUUAUUUGCACUUGUAUGAAUAUUUGCCCUUUCUCGAAUAUUCAUCUUGUUACGAUAACAUUGUUCCUUAACGAUCAUUUUGUUCCUAUUAGUGUUUUACAAUAUCGUCUGCGUUAUUAAACGUUUAUCUAUUUUUGUUUUAUUAUUCGUUAAUAAAAAGUUAAUUCACGACAUUUUAUAAUACCUUCUAGGAAUGAUAUAUAGAAAUGUUAAUUAUUUUAUCGUUCAGAGGUUCUUGCAACCGAGUCACGCCAAUGCGACAUUUAAAGACUACUCGUCCAUGCAUCGAAAGUAAUGAUAUUUACCGCAGAUUGUUUUCGUUUACCCGAUCUUUUUAUGCGUCACUGACACGAAACGCCAUUUUUCUUUGUCGUUUCCUGCAACGAAAUCGAUCAAAAUCAAACAAAUUCUUCUCAUGUUAUAUUUUGAUCAAAAUAUUAUUGAUGAAACAAACGAAUAUAUAUAUCACUCGAUAUAUAUAUAUAUAUAUAUAUAUAUAUAUAUAUAUAUAUCACUCGAAUAUUAUGACAUAUCAAUCCACCGUGUGCCAUAUUAGUGAAACAUAUCAUGCAUUCCUCGAUACGAUUUGCAUUUUAUCUAUCUCAGUGUUUUCCUUCUUCUAAUGACCUGUUGUUUGCGCAAUCGGGUAUCGGAGUUAAUUAUUUGCAAAGUAACGAAAUACGCAUAAGCUGACGACAAUGAACGUAAUGAACGGUCAAAUCGGAUUUAACGCAAAAUAGGCUGGUUCAUAAAGGAGCUGAGCCGCAAUGUAUAUUUCGAAACGCAAACGUCACGUGAAAUGGAAGCAACAUGGUUUAUUAAUUUCUCAGUAACUAUAGUUUCACAAAUUUGGAAAGUCGACAGAAUGAAAUGCACCCGCGUUUUCGCUACAGUUAUGUCCGACAUGCAGUGGUUACACGAAGUAUUGGCACAAAGCUUUUUUUUUAGCAGGUUCUACAUUUCAUUUUCAGAGCUUUUUCAGUCAUAUGACAGUACCUACUAUUAAAUGAAAUGAAAUGUAAUAUAUUUGUAUCUAAUUAACUAGUAUGUAAAUAUUACAAUAAAUACAUUGCUGUGUCAAUACACUUUGUAGCCACUGUGCAUAUAUCUUCGAACCGUUUGACGAAAAACAGCGUUUCAUUCUUUUUCGUGUAUCGUAUCGACGAUACACUUAAAAGGAUUCUUUCCUUCUAGAAUGGAAUUAGAAUUAUACUCGUACUUUGCCUGUAAUCUGCACCAAUUGCGAGUAAAAGGAUGAAUGAAUAACACGAACAAAAAAAGAAAGAAAAAAUAAAAGAAGGGUUAAAAACAAAAGGUUUGCAUAUGAACAAAUUAACUCAGGAAAAUACAUUUAGAAUUUUGUUCCUAGUCUGUGUAGUGUUUUUCUUUUCCGUUUUUCAUUCUUUUUUUUGUGACGGGUACAAAUCUCUGAAACACAAUAGCGUGCGGUCACAGUGGUGGCUAAUGAACAUUCACAAUACAGCUCUCCUGAUGUUACUGCGUACAAUAUUGCGAUCCAUAUCAUUUGAGCGUCAUAAAAGCUGACAAGCUGGCGUGUCUGACAAUGAGUCGUAGCGGAAAGGUAUCGCGAACAAUUACUCGAAGCUUUAUAUUCCCCGAGCGGAUUAAGGGAGAUAUUGCUUCUUCAUACGAUGGCUUCAAGCACGUUGUUUCAAUUUUUUUGUCAUCCUCUGCCUGUGUUGUUCGCGUAUAUGAAAAAUUAAUAUAUUGGAUGGAUUAUCUCGUUAACAUGUUACUAAAUAUUACAUCUCUUGUAUUAUAUAGGAGAAAAGCACUGCCAUAUAUAUAUAUUUUUUUAUUUGUUCCUUUUCACAGAAAUAGGAUUUGACUUAGAUAUUUCUAAUUCUUACUUAUUUCCAUACUGCAUUUAGAGCAUCCAUUAUAUUCAAAGUCCUACACCCAGUCUACGUUCCUAUCCCAAGCACACAUAUCUCAUCUUAUAUCUAAUAUUAGAAAUUUAAAUAUAUAUCUCUUUAUUCCUUCUAGCUAUACUAUAUGCACUAUCCUAUACUUAAUCUAUACAUUAUACACUAUUCAUCACAUAUCAACCUUCGGCUUAGUUCGGUACCUACAUAUGUUCUUAAGCUCUUUCUAAAACUCUUACCCAGCUUAUCACCGUUCCAUUUAUCCUACUUUUUACUAUAUCUUUCUUUCUUAAUACGCUUAAUACGUUAGAAUCUAACCUAUAGCAGCCGCUUCUGGCUGCCUCCCUCUACUUUCUUUCUCAAGUAUUCUGUCUGUCCCACUGUUUUUACAUAUUCGUUUGCUAAUUCAUUAAUUUCCCUCGCCACCUUUUUUCAUUCCGUCCUUAUUAUAAACCGCUAAAAAUACUUCAUUCAUCCUCACCUGCCUUCGAUCUAUAUACUAUUACAGAAGACAUCAUAUUCCGAUAUUAAUGUUAUUUAAAGCAACCAUUAAAUCGUAAAGGAUAUGGUAAAAUCUAUUUUUUAUGAAUUUGAAAAAUCAUUUUUAUUAUUAUCUACAAAUAUUUUUAGAUUAUUUAAAUGGUAGGGUCUUUGACUUAAUAUACAAGAAACGUUAAAAAUAGAGAUAAUAUCAUAAGUCGAAUUUGUAUAUUUUAUUUAUAUAGUGUUAACAUGAGUAAGAAGUAUUUUAUUAUCGCUUUAAAAUUAUCUGCAAAAAAACAGCAUUCCUUUUUUUGUUAUGUAAUGUACAACAAUUAUAGAUCACAGUAAAUUUAUUCCUUUUUAGAUUAGACUCAUGAUUAAGCUAGGUGACUGGACAAAUUGUAGAAUGUCCAAUUUAGAUAUGUGUAAUUUAUUUAAUCUUGAUGUAUUAAGAAAAAUUAAAAUAUAUAAAGAUUGUUUUGUAUGAAAUUAUGACGUGACAUUAUAUCUAAAACUGGAUAUUAAAAUUUGAAAUACCAUAAUUAUAACGUUGUUAAAUUCGCUGAAUUCCAUUUUGUCCGUGAAAUAAUAGUUUAAAUAAGCAAAAUGGUUUAUUUAUUUAACAUUACAACUAAUAAUUACGCCUCGAUUAAGAGUAAUUGAAGCAAUAUCUUUCUCGCGACAUUAUAAGAUAAAUUCCAUAUAAAUUCUAUAUAAGAAGUUAAUUUCAUAAAUUCUGUAUAAGAAGUUAAUUUCAUAAAUUCUAUAUAAAAUAUUACAGAACAAUUUCUUCCUAGUUCAUGCUUUAGCAUUAUACUUGCAAUUUUCAAUGAAAAUGAAAGCUUUUUAUGCCACUCGGUUAAAUGUAAUGUAGUAUCGUAAAUAUAUAUUGAUGAUUUAUUUACAAUGAAUGGAUUUUACAGAUGUUGAUUAGAUAAAAGAACGAUGGUUGUUUAACGUGAACUAAUCACAAUAACGUACUAUAAUCUAGACAACUCAAUAGUUAAUUUGUAACUUUCGUCACAACGGAUCCAACGCUCUCUCUCUCUCUCUCUCGCACGCGGACCACACUCUCUCGACAACGUUAGCAACACUAUCUCGACAACGCAACUCGCACUUUCUGACUUCUCGAUUCACACCCUCUGGCUUCUCCAGUGACACUGACUGUUCUAGCACCCCUUUCUUUUCUUAGGUCCACCACGCACGUGUUCCGCAAUCGCUCGUGGCCAGGGUUACGUAGGCCCUUUCUACGAAACUAUUCAAUUGAAGGACCGAUGGCACUUUGAUGGGCCCGACGGCGCCUCGGCCCUCGCGACAUUGUUUAUGGUUUACUCGAUAUCUCUUAAGCCUUUUGUCCACGAUACUACUAUUUAUAUUUAACAAGUAGGUGCAUAUGAAAAAAAGAUUACUUUGAGUUAUAAAUACGAUACUUAGAAAAGUUCUUUGUAAUAAAUAACGCUUAUUUCUCACUGCCAGUUCAAUUUCGUUCUAAUAAUGUAAGUUUUUCAAUUUUAUAACUAGCAAAAUUUUCGUUACUAACUUACAGAAAGGAAAACGUUGGCCAUAAGCACAAGAGUUUACAUACGUUUAUAAAACUCUGUCUUAUCUUUUAUUAUAAAAAAAUUUCAGUGCAAUUUUAUUAUCUGUUAUAUAUUGAUAAAUAUGUUUUCUUAUUGUAAUAUCAAUUAACAUUGAUUUCCUGUACUGCAAAUUUGUUCCAUUAGUAUGAAUAUUUAUUACCAGACUACACAUGUUUACGGAAAUUUACAUUUUUGUGAAUAUUUUAUAAAUCUUUGCAUGUUAUAUGUGAUCUAAACACUUCUACAUUUUAAAAUUUUUCAUAAAUAUAUAAACCUGCGUAUUCUAUUAUCAAUAAAUUCAGGCUAUAUCUUACAAUCAUAAUGAGAAAGUAGUUCGUGUUAAAGAAAGGAUCGCCACGAUUGGUUGGCUGGCUCAAUCUGGAUGCCGAUUACUUGAUUUGCUGUUUAAGUGUCCUCCCCAUUUACCGAGCAAAUAUUUAACCAUAAUCUAUUCCGUUAAUGUAAUUUCACGUUGGCAAUAUCAGUUCCUACAACUUUGUUAUAAAUUUGUUUCGAUCAUACAAAGCGUAUCAACUAUGUUAGUUUAAGUAAUAACGAAAAGUGAUCAUGAUAAAGAAAGAACAUGUAAAUUGGAAGUUUUGCAAUGACGAUGUGAUGUAUAUGAUUUUGUGGAAAAAAUAUAUUAAAUUGGAUUAUGUCGAUAUUGAUUCAGAAAGUUUCGACAAAUUGUUACUCUUUAAUUUCGUGGAAAUUCGAUUUCGCGCACACUUAUUUUACUUCUGUUUUCUUUUCUCACAUGUACGUGAUGUAGGAAAUGUCUAUCUAAAUAAAUGAUUAUUUUCCGAUUGUAUUUAAACGUUAACAUAUGCGAUUUUGCGUGAACAUGCACUUGAAAACUUAAUGAUAUUCGGAUAUUGAUAACCAACCAAAUAUAUUAUAUACAAGUGUGUAGUCAAUGCGGAACUUAAAUAGAUUGAAUAAAUGGAUACAAUUGACGCGUAUAUUUUAUAACAAAGACGGAUUUAAAGAAUUAUUAAUAAAAAAGUUAUUCAGACAAUAUUUAAGCUAAGAAAUAAAUAACAAUUUUAUAAUAAUAAACAGUCGAGGAAAAUAUUUUAUCGUGUAAUUUGUAGAAUUUUAUUUUCUUAGAACUAUUUAUUCAGUACUUUUAAAUAAUUCAUUCAAAAUUACUCCAUUUUACGUAAUAAAUAUUCAAUGAGUUUCAACUUGAUAUUAUAUAAAAGCCGCGUCACAAUGUGUGUUUUAUAUAAUUGUUCUGACAUCCAAAUAGGUAGCUAAUAGAAUAGAGAAAACUGUCUUAAUACGUGUACAUUCAUAAAGUCGUUCGUACAUCGUUCGUGGAAAUUUCUGUACGACAUCGUAUAUAUAUAAGAGAAGUUCAAAGUGAAGAGACCGAGCCGACAUUGAAGUAGCAAUAUAAAGUAAUUAGGCAAAGUAAUUAAGCAAAUUCUGUAUAUCGAGCAGUAUGCAAUACCGACUACUUUAAUUGCUUGAUGUAUCUUUUCGCGCUUUAUUCACGCCUUCCUUCGAACCAGGAUUCAGUUCAGCCGUAAAUUCAAUAAAUUUAAUUAGCAAGCGUUUCGUGUCUCGGUUGAUAUUCCAGUAGCGAGCUCGUGUUGUUAGAUCGCUUGUAUAUGAUAUAUUGUUAAUACGCUCAUAAUCCGUUCUCACAAAUAAAUAUUGCAACGCUAAAAAAAAGAAGAAAGAAAUCUCGCGAGAACCCGUUUAUUUUAUUCUAUUAACAUGUAGCAAUUAACGAGAUAGUAUAAUAUAGCAAACAGUACAAAAAAUAAUAGCUUUGCGAAGUUAAUUUCGAAAAUUGGAACAGCGAUGAUCGUUUAUAAAAAUGAUGACAAAAUGUUGCUAAGGUGUUGUAUUAUUUCGAUUGUUUCGAAACGAAAUAAUAGAUUAUUUUUCUCCAGUCUGUAUCACGUGGCAUAGCGGAACAAUCGAAGUUGAAACUGAAGGACAUUCACACGAUUUAAUGCUUUCAAGCUAUCGAGAAGUAAAUAGCCCUUCUAAAGUUCAAUAGUUCGCGAAGUUCCUUUCCACUCCUCGCUCCUCUUCUUUAUUUUUUUCUUCUUCUUUUAUUAAGGAACUUGACGUCCAGACUUUUAUUGCUCCCAGUGGAGGAAUAAGUAAUAGCCUUACCGGUAGUUUGAUCUUCGUUACCGGUAUUUUUUCGAAGAAGAAACUUUUCUUUCCUAACAAUCGUGCAACCUACCAUAUUGUGGCAUUUAUCUCGACUCGUACUGCUUGAUCAUACCGUUCGAUACAAUACAGAUAACAUUUUACGAUUCACGCCGCUGAAAAACAAUGAUUUCUCAUAGGAAGCGUAUAUCUUUGUGACAAAAUUUUCAACAUACAUUAUAAAUACAUAUAUACAUACAUAUAUAACUUCCACAUACAUGUAUAUUUGAAACGUAUUAAUGACCAUCGAGAACGAAUUAUUAACACAUUAAAGACCGUUUAUGUAAUAUUACUUUUUUUCAUAGCUAAAGCAUAGCCAAUUAUCGAUGAAUUUAUUUCAUUUAUUUGAAGGUUUUCCAUUUUGGGAUUUCCAUACAGUUAUCGAUAGUUAUAUAUCGGACUGUUCCUUCCGUCUUGUUUCUUUAUGAUUAUUAUAUUUUUUCACAAAAAAGAUCAUUCGUCAGAUCAGCCCAUUUCGUCGAUCGCGAGGUACGUUCCGAUCAUUUCGUGUCUACAUGUUCCGAAAUUUAUGAAUGUCCAGGAAUCACGGAACGUCAGGCGUUCCCAUUGUUCGAUCACGAUUAAUUACGCAGAAAAGUACCAAGCGUGUUUCCCCUGUUUGACGCUCGAUAUUCGACAUCACGCAAGCCGGAGACUCGUCGGCUUUCGUAACGAUUAUCAGCAACAUACGAUUGUAUGGAAACUUUGAAUAAGAGUUUAAAGCACAUUUAGCACAUCUUGCGAAAAAAGAGUUUUCUAAAAAUGUUCAAUGUGUUCUUAGCAUAUACAUGUAUCGAGAAGAAGGCAGCUCUUCGGUGACAACGUCGAUUGUAUAUGACCGACGUCAUCUUUUUUCUAAUAUUUUUUUAAAAAUCCAACGUGCGUUCUAAACAUUUUUCAGAUAUAAAGAUUCGUUUCAGUAUUGGUUGUGGAAGGUAGGAAUCGUAGAAACCUGGCCAUAUUAAACAUGUUAAGUUACAUCGUUGUACAAGUUUCAAACAUCUAACAUUCAUGCCUCUUCAACAUUCCAUCGUCUUCUGACGAGAUAUCUAUAAUCCGUGUCUGCUAAUACAAUAAAUCGGCAGAGAUAGCGAAAUCACACUUUACCGUUAAUUCAUCUUUCAUCAAAUGUGCUCCGAUUGCGUUCGUGCUUCAACUCUUGUUUUCAUACAAUUUCUAAUAUCGGUCUGGAAGGGUUUACCAAGCAAUACGUCGAAAAGAAGGAAUAAUAUGUCAUGAAUAACGUGUGUGUAUACGUGCGCGUAGGUGUCAGUGUACGUGCGUUUUGUCGCGCGCACGAACAAAAUGAGAGAAAAAGAAAUAAGUUAUUUUUUGGUGUUGCAUAGCUUUUGGAUAUACAUAAGUGGUUAUAUCGUAUAAAGUGAGUUGUUUGGAUAUACAAUUUGGAUGAAUGCAUAAAGAGAAAUGCAAGGAAUGUUACGAUAAAGAACACUGAGAAAGUUGCCAGUAUGAAAGUAACGUAUGACCGUAACGUACGAUAAUAUGCUGUCACGCACACUUGACGAUUCUAUAGGUGUUCUUAAUGCGUUUCGAAGCUGUUUGUUGAACAUGUCUGAUAAGCGUGUUAAAUUAACUUCACCAGGCUUUGUCUUUCUGUUUGAUUUCGUGCAAAUCAUCAAAUACUCAUGCGUCAUCGUCAUCUCGAGUGUGUUACAUAACACAUUACAUGCGGUUGCUUUCGUUUUGCAAUCGCGACAUUAAUCAUGGUGAAAUUUAUUUCCGUAUGUUCGCGAUUAGUCGAGCGUUCAAGUUGAAAUUGGGUUAUUUGCAUUGAAAAGUUGGAUAGGAUUAUUUUUCUAUUUAAAUUAAAUUUGAUGCUAGAAUUAUCUUAGAAAAGUGACCAUAAAAUUUUUCAUAGAAAUUUUAUAAAUUUAUGACGGUGCAUCUUUUAACAGUUUCUAUGAGUUUUUGUAAACAGGUAUAAAGGUUUUUCUUUUGCGUUAUACGUUCUUUCAUGUAUCGUUCAGUUUCAUUUCUUCGGUACUAUGUAUUGUGCAAUUACAAUAUGUAUAGUUUUAGAUUUAACCGACAGUAACUUCCAGUGUUUUAGAACAGAAUAAGUAAAUGGGAAAUUUCUUAACAAGAAGGUACACAUUUAAAGAACAUUCUUUGGUUGAUGUUUCUAUAUUUUAUCAGAGAAUUAUAACGGUAAUUCCCAGAAGUCAACUGUAAUUUUUAUUUCCUUAAAAUCCUGUAUAACCCAUAGUGAAAAUCAUCUUCGUUUUCAAAGUCUGGUUUUACAUAAGAUAUUUUAUAUUUAAAGAUUUUGCUGUUACUUCGAGUGUGUACGCAGAAAGGAAACUCGCUAAUGCGUGUUAUGUUUCACGUACACAAUUCUCGUUCAGGAAAGUUUUGCAGAUGAAGCAAAAUUUUCAAAUUAAAUUUUGGUGAGCUUUUUGAUGCAAACUGCGACUUUUCGGUAAAAAAAUUGCAAAACUGGCGCACAAGCAUCGAUUUAAAAGGCAAAAAUGCAAUACAAAAAUUUCGUCUCGUUCGGUAACGUGUCGAUAUACGAUGAACUCAUGUUAUGCAAAUGUGUAACGUUUAGAAGUUGAUCGACUAAGUGAUCGUUUUCGGCGUGAUAUGCAAUUUUCAUACGUACAGCCGUUUUUACGAAAACGAGAACAAGACAUUUGAAUAUUCGCAUAACGUUCUCGCUCAAUUCCAUUUUAUAGUAACGACCCCCUUUGUCGUUCCUAUCGUUUAAUCGAGUAUCUCGUGAAAAACUAAGGUUAAGCUUCCUGUUACUAACGACGAACUGCCUAACGACCGUUUCAACGAACACCUCGAAAACGCGAUUCACGAAGAAUCGUCUAUCGUACUGCCAUGGGAUUGUUCCUGAUACAAUAAUCCUGAAACCUGCUGAAAAAUCUGUCAUUUUACUUCUCGAAUAUUAAACACAAGUCACGACUGGCGAGUUUUUCUAGAAUUUAGCUCAUCCUCGAUCCCUCUGACAAAAUUCUGAUAGAUCGGUGUUCAGAUCGGUGCAUAUCCACACGUGGCACGUAUAUCGAAUAUCGUUCGGGGGCUAAGAUAAAGCAAUUGAAAGAAUUACGAAAAAUUCCCUCGGCAAUCGUUGGUGCCCUGUUAAUAAAAGGGAAAGGGAGGAGGAGAAAAGAUUGCGAAACAAAUAAGUGUGUGUAAAGCGUAUGCGCGCAUGCGUGAGUAUAUAUGUGUGUCUGAGCGCGCGCGUACCUCCUAAAAGGGGGCGCGGAAUAUCCUAGUUUGUAAAUGUUUCAAAUGGUCUCGGACAAGAAAAGUCUCGAGAAAAAGAGAAAGAUUGUACGUGUGCGUGCGAGAAGAAAAAAGACAACGGAGAGAAAAAAAUAAAGAGCGGAGAAACCAGUUUUAAGGGAUGUUAACGAUGUACAAAUGUGUAAUUUAGUGUCGCAAGAGAAAUCCGUCUACGGCGCGGUAACACGAUAGCAGAAAAUACUAAACAGAACAAACAAACAAACAAAAAAUAUUACUUUUAUUUUACGAAAGGGAGAGAGAGAGAGAGAGAGAGAGAGAGAGAGAGAAGUGAGAAAAAGAACGCGCAUACAGGUGAACCUUUAGAGAACCUAGGCGUACCUAUAUUUCCAUGAUUACACAUUUUUUGAACGUAUACAUGAUAAAUAGAAAAGAGAGAUUACGUACCACGAGCGAGGGAAAAAGAAUGUGAAGAAGGUGAAGGCCCUCUCCACACACCCACACGUACGGUAAAUCAUGUGCUAUGACCGACAGUUGUCGAAAUAAAAUUCUUUUCGAUCAAAAAUAUCUACUCGUGUCUGUUUCAUUCGACUUACCUAGAUUUUUACGCCCGUUUUUUUUAGUUUUAUUUCCCUUUUUCUUUUUAUCUAUUUUUUAGUAGUGCAAAUUGAAUACUGAAAGUGCGUAUUAUACUGGUUGGAUAUAACAGCGAUCGAAUAUAAUCGCUCAAUACGAACGUCAAUUAAUACAUAUACACCGAUGAAAAAUUACAACAGGGAUUACAUAAUGAAUAUAGCAGUAAUAUGUUAUAUUAAAUUGCUUUCAUUUACUCGAUUAUUCUCACGAUUGUCAAUUAUGUGGUUCUUUUCUUUCGAUGUAUAUUUCCGUCUAUUUUGCGGACGUAUAUAGGCUUAAUGAGAUUAAAUAUAUUUUAAAUACAUCGUAGCGUAACGUGAGUAUUAAAAUUGUUUGCGUUAAAAUUUUAUCUGUUUGUAUGUAUAUUCAUUAAUUUAGUAUUUAAAAGAUUGAAAAUUUGUGGUUUAAAAUAUAUCAGAUUUGUCAAAGUAUGACAUAUUCACUACCAUGAGGAGCACUGGUCACCGAUACAAAAUUUCCCUUUCAACAACAAUAGAAAAACGCAGAAUACGUCGAAUUGCAGUUCGACACUACAUUCAUUGUUUGCUUUAACGUUUGGUGAAAAUGGAAAAAUCAGAUGAAAUACGAUCGGUAGUGAAUGGAUGAAAAUGUCUAAACUUUCUAAAAUGUCGAAAAAUUGUAAAAUUCGUUUUAGUCCCCUAAAAAUCGCAAAAAGCUUUCAAAAUUUAUGAACGUACGAAGGUAUGCUCAAGGCGAACCACAAUAUUUAAUAUUAUUUCGUACGUUCCAUUUAAAAAGAAAAUCCCACCACAUGAAACCUUAUAAAUUGAAUUGAAUGCGGUCGUUUACGCGAAACGUUUGACAGAGGGAUUUUAAUAUUCCUUGGAAAUGAUAAUCGAUGAGAAGAUGAGAACCUUCACAAGGCUGAUCCGCAUUCAUACACUGGCGGACAAAAGAAAGUUUAUGGAGUAAGAAGUACAAAGAGACGAAAAUUUUACAUAAGCUCCGUUUUACGUUAGUGUUUUAUAAACCGCAAUUUCACAAAAUACAUUUAGAGAAACUGUACGUAAUAUGCAACACCUGAUUUUUGAAGCUUCCCCAAAAGUGAAACACGUUCAUUUUUCAAUGAAACUAACGUUAAAAAAUGAUAAAGUAAAAGACAUUCGUAUGUUAACUGCGCAAAAGUUUAAGUACCUUGAAGUCACGAUAAAAGUUGUAAAAAAAGAAGUUAAAUGCGGCGAGUUAUAAAAGAGGUAUCUAAUAUGGAACAGCUGGAAAAUGUGUAAAGAAAUCGCAAAGAACAUUAUUUUCGCUAUGAAAAAUGAAUAUUAAUUUAAAUAAAAAUGACAUAUAAGAGUC